AUGAUGAUGAUGCUGCCGAAGCGGAGCCGGUCGAGGGGGGCCGGUGCGCACGCGCGGCGCGAGGCACGCCGGGAAACACGGACGCCGGCCAAGGGGGCGGCAACGGAAGCGCUCCUUGGCACGCGCCGCCCCUCUCGGCCUAGACGCGCCCGGAUGCGCGCGCUUCCGCCUGCCCCGUGCCUGUCUGGGCUGGCAGGGGGCACCCUGCACGUGCCCAGAGGCCCCUGUGCACCUGUUUGCACCCCUCCUCUGGGCUCAGCCUGCCCCGUGCCUGUCUGGGCUGGCAGGGGGCACCCUGCACGUGCCCAGAGGCCCCUGUGCACCUGUUUGCACCCCUCCUCUGGGCUCAGCCUGCCCCGUGCCUGUCUGGGCUGGCAGGGGGCACUCUGCCCAUGCCCAGAGGCCCCUCUGCACCUGUUUGCACCCCUCCUCUGGGCUCAGCCUGCCCCGUGCCUGUCUGGGCUGGCAGGGGGCGCUCUGCCCGUGCCCAGAGGCCCCCUCCCCUGCCCCUGUUGCAACCCCAGCGUGGCCGGGGCGAGCGAGCGAGGGCCUCCCCGCCUCUUCCUCCCUGCCUGCGGGCUGCGCCGCACCUCCGCCCCGCGGGCGAUUACGCGGCGGCCGCCCUGCGAGGCGGGCGGGCAGGAGGCGCUUCGCGGGCCGGGAGAAGGGACCCUGCAGCCUGCAGCCCGGGCCGGCCGCGCCAUGCCCCCCCCGCCGCCCCCCCGGCUCCGGCUCCUGCUCCUCCUGCCGCUCCUGUCCUGCUGCGCCGCCGCCGGGUCCGCCGAGCGCCGCUGCUUCUGCCAGGUCACUGGUUAUUUGGAUGACUGUACGUGCGACGUGGAGACUCUAGACGCCUUCAACAACUACAAGGUUUUCCCGAGGCUGCAAACCCUUUUAGAAAGUGAUUAUUUCAGAUAUUACAAGGUUAACCUAAAGAAGACUUGCCCUUUUUGGAACGUCAUCAGUCACUGCGGAAUCAGAGAUUGUGCGGUACAGCCAUGCCAGUCUAACGAGGUCCCCGAUGGAAUCCGAUCUGCGAGUUACAAGUAUUCAGAAGAAGCCAAUGCAUCUGCUAAUGACUGUGAAGAAGCGGAGAGACUUGGAGCUGUUGAUGAAUCUUUAAGCGAGGAAACGGUGGAGGCCGUGCGGCAGUGGACUCGGCACGACGAUUCUGCGGACAGCUUUUGCGAAGCCGACGAUAUCCAGUCCCCUGAGGCGGAGUACGUAGACCUCCUGCUCAAUCCGGAGCGUUACACCGGCUACAAAGGUCCCGAUGCUUGGAAGAUCUGGAACAGUAUUUAUGAAGAAAACUGCUUCAAGCCGCAGUCUAUAAAGAGGCCUUUAAAUCCCUUGGCUUCUGGCAGAGGGAACAUGUUUUACAACUGGUUGGAAGGCCUCUGUGUGGAGAAACGGGCUUUCUACAAGCUGAUCUCCGGUCUCCAUGCAAGUAUCAACAUCCAUCUCAGCGCCAGGUACCUUCUCCAAGACACUUGGUCCAAGAAGGAGUGGGGUCAUAACGUGACCGAGUUUCAGCAGCGGUUCGACGAGGACCUGACUCAAGGCGAGGGUCCCAGGAGGCUGAAGAACCUCUAUUUUAUCUACCUCAUUGAGCUGCGAGCCCUCUCCAAAGUCCUGCCUUUCUUCAAGCGCUCAGAUUUCCAGCUGUUCACUGGUGACAAAAUUCGAGAUGGAGAAGUCAAGAGUCUCUUGUUGGAAAUUCUCCAUUUAAUCAAAUCUUUCCCUUUGCAUUUUGAUGAAAAUUCAUUUUUUGCUGGAAACCAGAAAGAGGCCGCCAAGUUAAAGGAGGAAUUUAGGCUGCAUUUUAGGAACAUUUCAAGGAUUAUGGACUGUGUGGGCUGUAUAAAAUGUCGCCUUUGGGGGAAGCUGCAGACUCAGGGCUUGGGAACUGCGCUAAAGAUUCUGUUUUCUGAAAGCCAAAUCGAAAACAUGCUGGGGAGAGGCCCCUCGCCCACGUUCCAUCUAACGAGACAGGAAAUCGUAGCCCUCUUCAAUGCUUUCGGAAGGAUUUCAACAAGCAUUAAAGAGCUAGAAAGCUUCAGGGACCUCUUACAAACUCUGCAGUGAGGCUGCUUCCGAGG